AUGUCCAACAUGUCCAAUAUGCUUGGCUCCGCCUGGCGUGACUUCUGGCAUACCAUGACCUCGAAUGACCGUCAUGCCACCCACGACUCCCCCUACCGCACUGGCCGACACGUCCCUCUCAGUCAAAGCGCCCGUCACGAGCCACUCACCUCCAUUGCAACCAGCGCCCUUGACUCUCGUCCCGACCUUACCAGCCCCUACGACGACGAACAGCCCAAGGGGUCAGGCUUCUCCGAAGUCAACGAUGCCGGCUCCCCAAGUCGUCCCUACUCGCCGGGCAUGCGCUCGUCCGCGUCCCAGAAACAACGACGCUCCAACGACAACGCCGACGGCCCAGCCGAGAUCCAGAUGCAGAGUUUCCACGACGGGGCCCCGCCGCCUCCACCGGUCGCUCACUCCUGGAGGAAGAUCGAGCGCUGGCUCGAGCACAACUAUGAAGAACUCUUCGACAAUCUCGGCGAGGGGUGCACACAGAACGAUAUUAAUGAAUUGGAGCACGAGCUGGACUGCAGUUUGCCGCUGGAGGUGAGGGAGUCAUUGAUGCUUCAUGACGGCCAAGAACGGCCUGGGUUGCCGACUGGUGUGAUUUUCAGCUGUAUGCUGCUGGACUGCGAGGAGAUCGUUCAGGAAUGGAAGAACUGGAAGACGGUCAACGAGGAGUUUCUGAGCGCGUCGAUGUUGAACACCGCGCCCGUGUCCAGUGCUGCGGCCAGCUCGUCCGCCGCUGCUGCUUCGGCUCAACCUGCGAAUUCGAUGUGGCGACAGGAUCUGCUUGAUCGUCAAGACUCACAGCCUCCUGGUGCAGUUCAGAAAGCUUACGCUCACCCGGCUUGGAUCCCCAUGGCUCGUGAUUGGGGUGGAAACCACCUUGCCAUUGACCUGGCACCCGGCCCCGCGGGCAAAUGGGGUCAGGUCAUCAUCUUCGGCCGUGACUACGAUUGCAAAUAUGUCGUCGCUCGGUCCUGGGCGGCGUUCCUUGCCGUCUUCGCCGAUGACCUCUGCAGCGGCAAGGUCAUGGUCGAUGAGGAGACGCACGAGCUCAAGCUGCAGGAGUUCAAGUCCCAAAACGUCGAGCCUCCUUACCUGGAGAUUCUCCGCUGGAGAACCGAUCAGAAGUUCGGCCGCCGCCUCCCUCGCCGCAAGGCUCCGAAUGGUGUAGGCGCGAACGGUCAGGGUCCCCGGUCCAGUAGCCGUGAGUCGCCUUACGGUAGUCCGACUCGAGCUGACGAGCGUGGCCGCUCGCCGCACCGUUUCAACAAGGGCCAACCGGCCCCCAGUCCCAAGACCCCGUUCGGUGUGUCGAGUCCUCUUGCUCGCGUGACAGAAGAAACAACCACGAGUCCCAUCAAAACGGCGCCGACGAUCUCGGAAGAUCCCAAGGAGAAUGGCGAAGACGCCGAGACUGAGGACCUGCUCGAGGUGUCCACGCCACAGAUUUCCAACAAAGAAAACGAGGGAUUUUCCGACAAGACAAGUGACCAGAAAUCGUCGGAGACAGACAAGGCGGACCCCCCCACUCCAGGAUCUUCGAAUGUCAUGGACUCGGAGGUGCUCGGGGAGAUGAAGAACGUGGCCAUUUAG